AUGGUUUCCAACGAGGUCUACCUGCUGUCGCUAAACGACGAUGGCUCGCCCCAGGUCGCCGGCGAGUACAUCUAUCUAGCGCCCAAGAAUAACGACCCUUUCACCAUCCGGUUUGCGAUCGAGGGCACCUCAAGCAUCUGUCGCCAUGGCAGUUUGUGGGUCAACAUCCCUGAGCAGGGCGCCGAGUUCCACCGCGACCGGUUCCGGGAGUUCAAGCUCGUCCCAGACUUCAAUCGUACAAUCGAGAUUUCUAUCCCAAUCUACGAAGCUGGUGCCUACGCAUUUUACACCACCUACGCUGAGCUGCCUGAUCUAGCGAACCAAUUGGCCCAGUCUGGUGAUGAUUCGAAGCCCAAGACCAAGACAACACCAUGGUAUUACAUCGACGUUGCCCCGCGUUUAGCGCUGGACGGUCAGCCCCUGCCCCUCCCGGCCUUGUCGGUAUUUUCCCUCAUCAGCAAGUUCAUGGGCAAGUAUCCGCAGGAUUGGGAACGUCAUCUCAGGGGAAUCAGCGACCGGGGCUACAACAUGGUGCAUUUCACCCCUCUUCAGGUUAGGGGCGCUUCGAACUCGCCCUACAGCCUGUAUGAUCAGCUCGGCUGGGACUCCACCUGUUUCCCGGAGGGCGAAAAGGACGUCCAGAAGAUGGUGGAAAGCCUGGAAAAGAAUCACUCGCUGCUCAGCUUGACGGAUAUUGUUCUAAAUCACACUGCCAACAAUAGCCAAUGGCUCGAGGAGCACCCAGAAGCUGGCUACAACUUGACAACAGCCCCGUGGCUCGAGUCCGCUUACCUCCUGGAUACCAAGCUGCUCGAGCUGGGGUCUAAGCUGGAGCAGCUUGGCCUGCCGACGGAGGUCAAGUCCCUCGACGAUCUCCUCAAGAUCAUGGAGGCAAUCAAGAAAGAAGUCGUCGCGGAGAUCCGUCUCUGGGAGUAUUACGUCACCGAUGUUGAGCGGGACGCCGAUGCAGCCGUCGAAUCUUGGGUUGUUGGCAAAACCACAUUCCCCGAAGGUUCCAUCGCGGCCGGCGGCCCCGACUCCUUGCGUUCAGCAACAUCGGAAGAGCUCGCGAAUUGGUUGGUGGAGCAUGGUCUGAAAGGGACAGACCGCCUCGGUGAACGGUUCAGGAGGAGAGUGGACGCCAACGUCGCCGCUGCGCUUCUUUCAGUCCUGUUCGGGAGAUACGAAGGCGAUAACGGAGCCACUGCCGACCAAGCAGCUGUCAGGUCCAAGAUAGUGGAACUUCUCAAGAUCGUGAACGUGCCAUUUUACAAGGAAUACGACACGGAAGUGGACGAAACUCUCCAGCAACUCUUCAAUCGGAUUAAGUACGUCCGUCUGGAUGACAAUGGGCCGAAGCUUGGUCCGAUAAACCAGGAGAACCCUCUGAUCGAGACAUACUUUACCCGUUUGCCACAAAAUGCAGUCACCGCCAAGCACAAAAAGGAAGACUUGGUUCUGGUGAACAACGGAUGGGUAUGGGGCGGAAACGCCCUUGUUGACAACGCCGGUCCCGAGUCUCGGGUCUACCUCCGCCGGGAAGUCAUCGUUUGGGGUGACUGCACCAAGCUGCGAUACGGAUCCGCCCCGGAGGACAGCCCGUGGCUCUGGGAGCACAUGACCAAGUACGCGCGGAUGCUCGCAAAGUACUUUGCCGGCUUCCGGAUUGACAACUGCCACUCAACACCUCUUCACGUUGCCGAACAUAUUCUCGACGAGGCCCGUCGCGUCCGGCCAAACCUCUACGUCGUCGCUGAGCUGUUCACUGGUUCCGAGGAUAUGGACUACGUGUUCGUGAAACGGCUCGGCCUCAGCUCGCUGAUCCGCGAGGCGAUGCAGGCCUGGAGCACCGGCGAACUAAGCCGACUGGUCCAUCGCCACGGCGGUCGGCCCAUCGGAAGCUUCGAGGUGGACGAGAUUUCUAGUGCCGAGGUGCGCAGCCAUGCGAAAGAACAUGGAGCCAACGCUACGAAUGGCCAGGAGUACACACGUGAGAUCAUCCGCCGCAUCAAACCCGUCCCUGUUCAAGCCUUGUUCAUGGAUUGCACACACGAUAACGAAGUUCCGGCGCAGAAGCGAGAUGCCCGCGACACUUUGCCCAAUGCAGCCUUGGUUAGCAUGUGCGCCAGCGCCACUGGGAGCGUCAUGGGAUACGAUGAGAUCUACCCCAAGCUGGUGGAUCUGGUCGGCGAAACGCGGCUCUACACAUCAGAGGCGUCCAAGUUCCCCGUGAAGGUCGGAGAGGGCAAGGGUGGCAUUGCAGGUGUCAAGAAGUUGCUCAAUCAGAUCCAUACCCUUAUGGGCAUGGACGGCUAUGACGAGACUCACAUCCACCACGAAGACCAGUACGUCACUGUCCAUCGCGUCCACCCGGGCUCCCGGAAAGGAUACUUCCUCAUUGCGCAUACCGCAUUCCCCGGCUAUGGCAACGGAAACGGCGCCUUCAACCCCGUUCGCCUCACAGGCACCAAAGCCAAACAUCUCGGCAGCUGGAUGCUUGAGGUGGACGCGAGCAAGGAGGCGGUGGACGAGGUGCUAAGUGACAGGCGGCACUUGCGCGGUCUUCCGAGCCGCCUCCUCGCGCUCCCCGGUAUCCGUAUGGAGGUGAAGGGUGAUGACACUCUCAUCACCGUUCGAGACAAGUUCCCACCUGGCAGCAUCGCCUUGUUUGAGACCUGGAUUCCUGCGGCGGAGCAUUCGAGCGGUUUAGACACUUUUGUUACAUCUGGCGCCAAGUCCGCGGUGGAGGAGCUCGACCUGGUCGACCUCAACUUCUUGCUAUACAAGUGCGAAGCCGAGGAGCGGGAUGCCAGCGAAGGACGGGAUGGGGUGUAUGACAUCCCGGGCCACGGCAAGCUUGUCUACGCUGGCCUUCAAGGAUGGUGGAGCAUUCUUCAAGACAUCAUCAAAGACAACAACCUGGCGCACCCCCUUUGCCAGCACCUUCGUGAUGGGCAAUGGGCUCUUGACUACAUCGUGGGCAGGUUGGAGCGUGCAUCACAACAGCCACUUUACAACCGCUUAUCCAAGCUCGCGGCUUGGUUACGGGAACGAUUUGAUGCAAUCCGUGGGAUCCCCAGCUUCCUCCUUCCGCGGUACUUCGGCCUCGUUCUUCGUACCGCCUACAUGGCAGCCAACGAGAGGGGCAUCUCUCUCAUGAACGGCAACAUCCAGGGUGGUCAGUGGUUCCUGCAGAGCCUGGCCAUGGUCAGUGUGCAACAGACCGGCCUCGUGAAAUCGGCCUCCCUUUAUCCGAACCGUCUGGUCCCGUCGCUCGCCGCCGGCCUCCCCCACUUCGCUGUUGAAUGGGCACGCUGUUGGGGCCGCGAUGUCUUUAUCUCUUUACGAGGGUUGUACCUUGGCACCGGUCGCUUUGAAGAGGCGAAGGAGCAUAUCCACGCUUUUGCAAGCGUUGUGAAACACGGUAUGGUCCCCAAUCUGCUCGGAAGCGGCAAUACCCCUCGGUACAACGCCCGAGAUUCUGUCUGGUUCUUCCUGCAAUGCAUCCAGGAUUACACCCGGAUAGUUCCAGACGGCCUCUCGCUUCUUGAUGAGAAGGUGAAGAGGCGAUUCUUGCCCUACGACGACACCUGGUUCUCGGCCGACGACCCACGGGCUUACAGCAAAGAGAGCUCAAUUCGCGAGAUCAUCCAGGAAGUCUUCCAACGCCACGCCGAAGGAAUGAAGUUCCGCGAGGCCAACGCCGGCCCUAGCCUUGAUAUGCAGAUGCGUGACGACGGCUUCAACCAAGAGAUCAAAGUUGACUGGAACAACGGCUUCGUCUUUGGCGGCAACCAGAAUAACUGCGGCACGUGGAUGGAUAAAAUGGGCGAGAGCGAGCGCGCGGGCUCCAAGGGCGUGCCGGGCACCCCUCGUGACGGCGCUGCCGUUGAGAUAACCGGUCUCCUUUACAGCGCCCUCAACUGGGUAGCAUCCCUCAAUGAGCAGGGCAAGUACGAGCAAUCGUCUGUCCGCAAGGCCGACGGCUCGGAAAUCACCCUCCGAUCCUGGGCGGACCUCGUCAAAGCCAACUUCGAGCGCUGCUUCUUCGUCCCCAUCUCCCCCUCCUCCGACGUCGACCACGACGUCAACCCGGCCGUGAUCAACCGCCGCGGCAUCUACAAGGACCUCUACCGCUCGGGCAAGGAAUACGAAGACUACCAGCUGCGGUGCAACUUCCCCAUCGCCAUGACGGUCGCCCCGGACCUCUUCAACCCAGAGCACGCCAUGCACGCGCUCUGCAUCGCCGACACGGCGCUCCGCGGGCCCACGGGCAUGGCGACGCUCGACCCCAGCGACCUCAACUACCGCCCGUACUAUCGCAACAGCGAGGACAGCGACGACUUCGCGACCAGCAAGGGCCGCAACUACCACCAGGGGCCCGAGUGGCUGUGGCCCACGGGCUUCUUCCUGCGCGCCCUGCUCAAGUUCGACCUGCGGCGCCGCGCCCCUGAUGACGCCGAGGGCCGCACCGAGGCCUUCCAGCAGGUCACGCGCCGCCUGAACGCCUGCAAGGACAUGAUCCGCCGCAGCCCCUGGGCGGGCCUGACCGAGUUGACGCAGAAGGGCGGGGAGGAGUGUCCUGAUUCGUCCCCCACCCAGGCUUGGUCGGCUGGCUGCCUCAUUGACUUGUACAUGGAUGCCGCGGAAGAACAGGCGCGGCUAGGCGCAAAGGAACUGCCGUUGAGAUGA